AUGUAUCAGGCAUCGGCUCAUUACGUACAGGGUAAGGAAUUGGACGAAGCAGAAGCAGCAUCACGAUCGACUAUCCAAUUAAGCGACGACAGGAGCAAGGGGCCAAGGGUCAAUGCGAUUCAUCAUUCACGGAUUCAGGCAGCAAGUCAGCAAGGAUCGAAAUUGAGGAUUGAGAUUGGAAAACGAUCAGUUGAAACUCAUGAACUUGUAGUGAUGAAGUCUAAACAACCAUCCGAUUAUCAAAAAUGUAAAAAGAGAAAAGUAGAUGAAGAAAAGAGAAAGGUUGACGCAUGUGCUCUAGAUAAGUUUAUCCAUAGACAACCUGUUGAACAACAUGUUGAAGAGUACAUUGAAGAGCAUGUUGAAGAGCAAGAGCAUGUAGAACUAGAAGAGAUAGAAGAGCACGAGCAUGUUAAAGAGCUUGUUGAUAUAUAUAUGAUCCAGGAAGGUAAUGGAAAUUUUUUCGGUGUCAUUGAAAUGUUGCAAGAGUUUGACGCGGUUAUCAAAGAGCAUGUGCGAUGGAUCACAAGUGAAGGGCUUCAUGUGCAUUAUCUUGGCCACCUAAUCCAAAACGAACUAAUAUCUUUGGUAGCUAAAGAAAUUAAAAAAGAAUUUAUCAAGAAGAUAAAGGAAGCAAAGUACUACUCAAUCAUACUUGAUUGUAUUCUCGAUUCAAGUCACCAAGAACAAAUUACUAUAAUAGUGAGUGAAGCAACAUCACUAGCAGAAAAAGAACUUGGCGACUUUAAAUUUUUGGUAUCAACUGUUAUUUGGUAUGAAGAUUAUAGAGAAACAAGUUUUUCAAAAAUGAUUGUUGAAGCUAAGGAGAUUUCUAUUGAAAUGAGUAUUGAUCCGAUAUUUCCACAAAAGCGUUUAAUUGAAAGGAAAAAAAGGUUUGAUGAGAGUUCAAGUAGUGAAGAAGUUUCAUUUAUACCUGAAGAGAUUUUCAGAGUCAAUUAUUUCUUAUACAGUGUUGAUCAAGCUAUUUCUUCUAUUGAGACAAGAUUUGAACAAUUCAAAGAAUAUGACAAAGUAUUUGGUUUUUAUUUCCACAUAAUUUGA